AUGUCUGAUCACAGAUGGCCUUCAGAAUCCAUCGACGAAAAUGGCGAAAAAUAUAUGACCGUUUGGUAUAAUGGAGAAUGGCAUAACAGUCGUAAUCUUGCUCAAAACUUAUCCUCUACCUCUCAAUUACCACAAUACACUCGACCCUUAUAUAGCCGAGACCAGCCUACCGUGUCAUCGCCUUCUUAUAGUCAGGGCUACUCAACUUCUCAGUCCUAUUCCACCGGUGAGAACCAGCCUACAUAUCUUCCUCCCUCUAGUCAAGGCUACUCCUACACCAGUCAAACCUAUGACACCAGUCACGGCUAUGGCACUAAUCAGGGCUACUCUGGCGCAAGUCAAGACUACUCUACCCAGUCCGCCCUUCAGAGUCAGAUGUCUAGCAUGAAUGUCGGCACAUCAUACAUGCAAGGCCGCGAUCCAAUCCCACCAGACAGCGGUAGAAGAGAAACAAGCUAUGCUCCAAGCCCUACCCCUAUCCAAUACCAAACCGGCUACACUUCUACCCUUACGGGCGGAUCCCAGAUGUUUGAAGAGCCAGAAGAAAUGGAUCGGAGCCUAAGCUCAGUUCCCUCGGAAGCAAUGUUUAUAGAUAGACGACUAGGCUCUGGUUCCGGUUCGGGCGGCUCAUCGAGGCCCUUUAAUUUUGAUUAUCAGAGUUCUAUGGACAACUCUGCUCGAAAUUCAAGAGGUUUGGAACCAAAACUCAAGCAAAUGGUAAGGCUGCCAUCGGGAGCUUUUGAUAAUCCACGAUGUGGCAACCCAGUGAUCACCCAGCAGUUCUACUGUCUAAACUGUCGGCCUGAUUUAGUACAAUGUUCUUUCCAAGUUGCAAAUCCGAAUGCACGUCUAUGCGACAGAGUAGGUCAACCAGAACUCGAUCCACUUAAUGCGUCGAUUUGGCCUCGCGUUUACCAGAAUUUCUGGAACUGUCCAGAUCACAAAACGCGUAUUAAUCAGGGACCAUACCCUCCUCCUGCUCGAAGGUUCUCAUCUACUUCAUACGGAGAUCCAGAGCCGGGUUUGGAGAUAGAGGAACCUGCACUAUUUAAACAACUCCCAAAAGGCCAGAGGUCUGGAGUUUCCCGAGCGAGUUACGGUGGAGGAAUGUAUAUGCACAAGGAUAGCAGAAGCAAUUCAGUAGAAUAUACCAAAGAACAAUGGGAGGCAAAACUAGCGGAGGAUAAAGCGGAGAGAGCGAGGGUAGAAAGAGAGCGCGAGCACAAGAAGCGAGAUUCGGGAAGACAUAGGAAGUCGUCUAGAGAGCAGGAUGGGGAGGCAAGUGCGAGGAAGCAUCGUCCUCGACAUUCUAAAUAA